AUGAAGGAGCUCAUGGCACGAAUUGAGAAAUAUGCAAGAGCGGAGGAAGACACGCACGGAGCAAAAGCACCAAAGCAAGAGAAGAGAAAUGGCUCACUGAAGCGAGGCCAAGGUAAAACAAGUUUUAACAAGCAAGAAACAGGCUUGAAGGCUGCACAGACAAUCACCACUGUGUUCCGGAUCCCGGUUUACAAAGUUGUAGAAAGAAUUAAGAACCAGUUGUAUUAUAGAGCGCCGGAGAAGAUCCUUGGUGAGUUUAUGGGAAGAAGCCUUGGGAAGCACUGUGCCUAUCAUAAUGAGGAUGGACACUUGACUCAGGGGUGCAGGACUCUGAAGACGCACUUAGAGGAUCUGGUCAGACAGGGUCAUCUGAGAGACCUAGUAGAUGAGUCCAGAACAAAAGAAGAGCAGACAAGGCUGCCCCAGGCACUGACAGCACCACCUUCACCACUACCACCACAGCUAGCAGAUGGAUCUCGGGUGAUCAAUGUGAUUCACUCGAAGGUCAAUGAGAAUGAGGUGCGUGGGGAGACUCAGAGAGUGAAGCACCUACAGCACAUGUAUCAGGUCCAACAAAAGGAGCCUAGGACUAAUGAGUACUAG